GAGGGACAUCAACAAUAGAGCUAAGCCCUAGAUCUAAGAUAUGCUGAAAGAAAGAGUGUGAGGGAGGUGGGGAAAAUGCCAGUAUAAAGAGAAAACGUAAGAAUAGAAAGAAAUGCUGAAUGAACAAAUUUUGGAGUCCUACCGUUCUACACAGCCAAAGAAAAUGAAGCUGAUAUUCUGUCUCGUUACCUAUGCAAUCCUUCUGUUAACAGCCGAUGGUAACGCGGAUCAUGAGGCGGGUGCCAUCGAAAAUGAUUUUUCACUAUACGAAGCUGCUUCUGAAAGGGCUGAAACAGAAAACGAAGAAAAACAGAAAUGCAAGGGAAUGUUGGAACCUUGCGAUGACCUUUGUGAAUGCUGCGACGAAGGCUACUAUUGUGUUCCGAGAAUAGGAGGUAAAAUAAAAAUGUGCGGGCCCUUCCAACCUGAAAAAGCACGAAAACACGGUUUCAACUGCACUGGAAAGUUUCUGUAGCUUUAUUCUUCUAUAUGAAAGCAGAAGAAAUUUCGUUCGGAGUGUAAAUAUUGACUCCUGAAAUAAAGUUGUAUUUCAUA